AUGUCAAUAUCACCAAGAUAUCUUAGUCAUCGUCUGGGUUCUGGCGGCGCUCAUACAAUUGAGAUCUAUCUUGACUAUGUAUGCCCAAACAGCAAAAGGGCUUUCGAAACUCUUUUGAAAGUCUUCCCGGAGGCAGAGAAGGCCAAUCCUGGACAGUUUCAGUUUAUUUUUCGCCACCAGAUUCAACCUUGGCACCCAUCGUCUACCCUUGUAGCUGAAGCUGGAAUUGCAGUUGCAAAAUUGGCUCCUACCAAGUUCUGGGACUUCUCUGCUGCUUUGUUCAAAGAAUCUGAUCAAUACUAUGAUGAAGCUGUUUGGAAUGAGACUCGUGGCCAGACCUAUGAGAGAUUAGCCGAUUUGGCUCAUCACUCUGUUGGUUUAGAAAAGACAAAAUUCCUAGAUCUUGUUACUGUUGCACCAGCAAACCCACCCAAGAAUGCUGGAAAUAAGUUAGAUAAGGAUGUGAAAGCCUUUGUCAGACAGUCUCGCCAAAAUGGUAUCCAUUUCAGUCCUACUGUGGUUGUAGACGGUAUAAUUGAUCCUAGUAUUGAUUCACAUUUUGAUGUUGAAAAGUGGCUUUCGAAGUUACAAUCAAUUGAUGAGGUCUCUAAGGCGUAG